AUGAGCUACGAAACUCCGAGCGACAGGUUUCUCCAACCGCCGAGCGGCGAAGAAUAUCAAGCUGAAUACCGCGUCCCCUCUGCUUACACACCGCUUCACACCUUCCAAUUGCCCAAGGCAGAUUCGCGACAGUACCAACAACAAUAUGGCGAUCUGUAUUUCUUACGACUGGCCAAGCUAAAGCCGGCCGCAGAGAAGGUGGGCCGAGAGGCAUGGGAUGGGUUUACAAUUGCGGGAGAAAAGGCUCGCAAAGUGGACAGAGUGCUGGAUGUCCGGCAAGGAGCCUUGUGUUGGGUUACUGGUACGGUCUAUAUGGACUUGCCGUUGAAGCCUAACAUUCUCGAUGAUGUCGCAAAAGACAAUUACGCCGCCGCACCUCCACCCCGAAAAACAUAUAUCGACCUCUCGAAUCCGGACAGCACACAAGUGAUGCUAGAAGAUGAAUCAGGUCGUCUUAGAAUGACAGGAAGUAUGCUUCGAACGACGCAUCUGGUUACUGGUGUCAUUAUUGCAGUUUUGGGCACAGAGAACUCCAAUGGUGAUUUCGAAGUCAUUGAUAUCAAAGUCCCUGAUUUCGCACCGCAACCGCCAAGGUGGGAAAAGGCGCCUACAGAUAAGACAGAAAGCACGAUAAAACGCAUUGAGAACACGAGUGGCAAGUCGUCAAAAAUAGCAUUCGUUAGCGGGCUAGGCAUCACCGGUUCAUCGAGUGAUACCUUGACACUGGAGCUAUUGACAGAUUAUCUACUUGGUUAUACAGGGACCGGUGACGAAGAAGAAUCGCCAGCAAGAAUAUCUCGAUUGGUCAUCGCAGGCAAUUCAUUGGGUAAUGUGGAAACAAUAACUGCAGUAACAGCUAUGGAUGGAGACCCAGCUAAGAAGAAAGCGCCGAAGAAAUACGGCUACGACGCGUCUUCUUACAAUGCCUCUCCGAUUACUCAACUUGACAAUUUCCUUUCCGAGCUACUUCCGAGUAUACCGGUGACAAUAAUGCCGGGCGAAAGCGAUCCAGCAAAUUUUUCCUUGCCUCAGCAAGGGAUCCAUCGAGCAAUGCUGCCUCGGGCUAAAACAUACUGCUCUGAUGGCUUACCUGGAGAUACAAGUGUAGAGCCCGGCUGGUUUGACAAUGUCACGAAUCCUUGGGAAGGCUAUAUUGAUGGAUGGCGACUAUGGGGAUGCAGUGGCCAAAAUGUGGAUGAUGUUCUGCGAUAUCUAGACUUUGCGGACGAGAAUGGCAACACGAAUGGGGAUGGGGAUGGGGAGACUAGUGUUCAAAUUAUGGAAGCUAUGCUCAGAUGGAGAUGUGCCGUACCUACCGCUCCUGAUACAUUAUGGUGCUAUCCUUUCCAAACGCAUGACCCAUUCAUCAUCAAGGCCUGUCCCCAUCUCUUCUUCAUUGGAAAUCAGCCUCAGUUCAAAUCCGUCGUUGUCGAGAGUGAGCCACGAUUUCGACUAGAUGGACCAGAUACAGAGAUGAGCAAUUCAGCGGACGAGCCCACGCGUGUGCGCUUGGUCUCAAUUCCAAAGUUUCAUCAAACGGGAGAGUUGAUUCUCGUGGACUCGGAGACGUUGGAGGUCGAAGUAGAAAUCCAACAAGCAACAGCCUCCGAACCCCUAACCCUCUCCGAGGAAUAUGCCAUGCAACAAAGCUGGCGCCAAGAUAAGGAUAAACUGACGUUUAUUGCUUGCCUGCCUUUGCCAGCUUCGGACUUAUCAUCGACUAAGGCGUCGUUGUUGGUAUUGAGAGAAGAUGAUGAUGCACCGGAGAGGAUGAUUGGGGAUACGAAUCUAUUCCUACGUUUUGAUGAUGACGAUGUUGACGAGAAAGAGGACGGAGAGAAUGAAGAGAAAAGAGUAAUAGGCGAAAUCGAACUAAUGAUUGCCGAGAAACAAAAUCAAGGGCAGGGCUUUGGCCGGGCUGCAUUGUUGACAUUUUUGUGGUAUAUUGCUCGCCACGAGGAGCAGAUGUUGGAUGAAUUUACACAGUCGACAGCACCUAAUAAACGGAGCAAGGAGAGGAGAAUGAAGUGUCUGAGUGUCAAGAUUGGGAAGGAUAAUGCGCGGAGUUUGGCGCUUUUCGAGUCUCUGGGGUUUGAGAAGAGAUCGCCGGAGCCGAAUUAUUUUGGAGAGUUUGAGUUGAGGCGGUAUGGGUUGGAUGGGGAUGCUGUUGCUAAGAUGGCAGAUGCAUAUGGGCUGAAGGAUUAUAGGGAGUUGAGUUACAGAGGCGAGUGA